CGCGACGCGCUCCCUCCACCAAACCUCUCUGACCUCACUCGACUCCAAGCUCAAGUUCGACAGACUACAGGCCAUGCUGUGUGCAUAAUUGCCGACAUUACUACCGCCUCUCUCUCCAUCACUCUCCAUCAUUGACCUCCUGCACGCGCGUGCACACCUCAAACAUGUCAGGACCCUCGAUACACUUCACGGUCCCUGACCGAUCGCUGUUCAAGUUCCCUCCGGACAACCUUCCAGCCGCUCUCCCUCCUCCGUCCGACGAGGCCACUUGGAAGUCGCCCUUUCCCAUCGAUUUCGACGUCUUCAACCGCGCCCUCGACGUCAAGGUGCCUAUCACCAUCGCAACUACAUAUGUCAUUACAGUUCUCGCCAUCAACGCCUACAAUAGGCGCCAGGGCAAUAAGCCAUGGUGGAUCAGCACAACUCGCGGUUUCAAGAUCUUUGUUGUCCUGCACAAUGUCUUCCUGGCUGUCUAUUCCGGUGUCACCUUCUACGCCAUGUGUCGCGCUAUCAACGCGACCUGGCCUGGACUUGAUAACAGCGCUGGUGUGGCCGGUGUUGCCGACUCUCUCUGCAAGAUCAACGGCCCUCGCGGCCUAGGCGACGCUGUCUACUACAAUGCUACCUCCAGCCUCUGGCAAACCAAGAACGAAAUCAUCAAGUUGAUGCCAGAGGGUGUCCCUGAUUCCACCGAUGUCGGUCGUCUAUGGAACGAGGGUCUUGCAUUCUGGGGCUGGUUCUUCUACCUGUCCAAGUUCUACGAGGUCAUCGACACUGGCAUUAUCGUCGCAAAGGGCAAGAGAAGCGCAACUCUGCAGACCUACCACCACGCAGGCGCUAUGUUGUGCAUGUGGGCUGGUAUCCGCUACAUGUCCCCCCCUAUCUGGAUGUUUGUCUUUAUCAACUCUUUCAUCCACACUCUGAUGUACACUUAUUUCACCCUCUCUGCCAUCAACAUCCGUGUGCCCAACGCUCUCAAGCGUACCUUGACAACCAUGCAGAUCGCUCAAUUCCUCUUUGGCGCAUCCUACGCCGCCAUCCACCUCUUUGUCAAGUACGACAUUCCUAUUGCCACUGCAUACAGCAUCUUCCACCCCAUCUCUUCUGCCGCUGCAAAGGCUUCUGCGACCGCCUCGAGUGUUGUUUCGGCUGUUCCUGCCGAGACCUAUGGUGCCAUCCUUCGCCGUAUUCUUCUUCGCGCUGCUGGUGACGAGGGUGUUGCCGAGAAUGUUCGCGACAAGCAGGGAAACAUCAUCAUGGAGCAGGCAAAGGAGGCAAUCCAAAAGUAUCACGAAGAGACCCGUUACAGAACCGACUACACCACCAUCAACUGCCUUGACACCACUGGACAAAGCUUUGCUGUUUGGCUCAACAUUCUUUAUCUCUUCCCCCUGACUGUCCUCUUCGUUCGUUUCUUCAUCCGCGCCUACGUUUUCCGCAGUGGCUCAAGCAAGUCGAGAAGCAAGCGCCACUCCGCUAGCCGCGCUACCAAGGAAGCCGCACAGGGAACCAACCGCGAAAUUGAGCAUGCUGGCAAGGCUGUCGAGAAGAAGCUUAGCCACCUCCCGGAAGACUUUGCAGCCGCUGAGAAGAGACUCGAGAAGAAGCUAGGCCAUCUCCCAGAGGACUUCAAGACGACCGAGAAGAAGCUUGAGAAGAAGCUCGGUAGUGCCGCCAAGGAUUUCGAAGCCGAAUUGAAGAAGGAUCUCCAAGCCCUUAAGGAAGGCAAACUUCCUCGCUCCAACCGACCCGUUAGUGACCGCGUCCAGAGCUUCGAGCGCAAGAUGACUCCCACCAAGAAGGAUCCGCAGCAAAUCAAGGAUGAGGCAGCCGACAGCAUUGAUGAGCUGAAGGAGCGUGUGAAGCUGGAGACCACUGACAGCGCCCCUGACUCUGCUAGCGCAGCCGGCUCACCAACCAAGAAGCAAAAGAAGAGAAAGAACAAGAAGAACAAGAACAAGCAGGCUACUGCUGGCGCCGAUAACAACGACGACCACACGGACGCCGCUGAUUCAGGCUCCGAGCACGAGCAUACCGAGCCAGAGAACUACGCUGCCGCAGUGAAGGAGAACUUGAAGAAAGAGGGGGAGAAACAGGACAUCAAGCAAGAGACAGACGAAGCUUAGAAGGAACGCUGGUUUAAAAGCCGCUUGGGGAAAUUUGGCCGUAGAUCCGGAAAUGUUAUAUUGUUAGGGUUGUGAUCUUUGAUAAAGGUCACAUGGAAAGACAGAUUUGAUGACAUGCCCGUCAUUCUUACAUUAGUUAGCUGGAGCGGUCAACUGUACUAUAACUAUAACCAUCACCACAUUCGCAGAUAGCAAUGAAGCAACGAGCAACCACGUGAACCUCUAGAUACUGAGCUCAUCAGUUAGGAUAAGCUUGCGAUAGGGCUUCUCAUGUCGCUUCGAAAAGGCAGGAUAUUUUCGUACUCAGGUA